UCUCUCUCGGGUUUCGCUCCCGAGCGCCUGCCCUGGUAGCCAGCCGUCGAGUCGGGUUCGGCGCGCCGCCCCCUUUCCCUCCGCCCCUCCCACCGCUCGGGUCUCCAGCCGGCCGGAGAUGAGGCUGCGGCGGCCGCGGCUCGGGCUGCCCCGGCGGUGGCUGCGGUGGGGGCGGCCGGAACCCGGGCGUUGAGACGCGGCGGCGGCGGCGGCGGGGCUGCCUCGGCCGCUGCAGCGGGCUUCCCUUCCUCUCGAGCGCAGCCAGGAAGUUUGGCGCCCCGUGCAUGUGUGCGCGUGAGUGUGGGUGUGCGCGGUGAGGCUCCGGGCAGUGCUUCUGCAGGCGCUUGGGCUUCGCUUUUAUUUUUUCUUUUUCUUUUUUGCCCGCGUCGCUUCCCGUAAGGCAGCCGCUGCCGCCGCGGAGCUUGCUUGGGCUGUGGCCGGAGGAGGGGGCGCGGCGGCGGCGGUAGUGGCGGCGGCGGGCGCCCUCCUUUUGUUGUUGUUUCCUCUGCCUGGAGAGCUGAAGGGGGACGCGCCUGGGUGGGGCGGCUCGCAGCCCGGGCCUGCUGGCCCCCGGGGCUCCCGGGCGGCCGGGGUAGCUCGAGGAGAGCGGGCUUCAACAUGAUGGCGGCCGAGGCCGGCGGUGAGGAAGGCGGCCCGGCGACCGCGGGGGCCGGAGGCGGCGCGGCCGCGGGCUCCUCCAGCGCCUACCCGGCGGCGUGCCGGGUAAAGUUACCCGCGGCCCUGCCGCCGGUGGCCGCCGCCGCCGCCCCCUGCCCGGGGCUGGCCGACGCCGACCUGGCUGCGGCCCUGGGUGGCGGAACCGGAUUGGGGUCCGGGUUCCCGGGGACAGGGCCAGUGGCGGGUGUCCUGGGGGGCGCCGCGCCGAGCGGCGGUGCUGCUGCUGCUGCUGCGGCUGGCGUGGCGGGUGCUGCCGCCGCGGCCGCCGGACCUGCCGGAGAUGUUGCUUUCACCAAGGGGACUCUGUCGUUCCCUGCUGAGACCCUCGGGCCCGGUGGCGGAUUCCCUCCCCUGCCGCCGCCUCCUCUGCUGCCCCCUUUGGGCUCCGGCCUGGGCACGGUGGAUGAAGGUGACUCCCUGGAUGGACCAGAAUACGAGGAGGAAGAGGUGGCCAUACCGCUGACCGCACCUCCAACUAACCAGUGGUAUCAUGGAAAACUCGAUAGAACCAUAGCAGAAGAGCGUCUCAGGCAGGCAGGAAAAUCUGGAAGCUACCUUAUAAGAGAGAGUGAUCGGAGGCCGGGGUCCUUUGUGCUUUCAUUUCUUAGCCAAACAAAUGUUGUCAACCAUUUUAGGAUUAUUGCUAUGUGUGGAGAUUACUACAUUGGUGGAAGGCGUUUUUCUUCACUCUCAGACCUAAUAGGUUAUUACAGUCAUGUUUCUUGUUUACUUAAAGGAGAAAAAUUACUCUAUCCCGUUGCACCACCAGAGGCAAUAGAAGAUAGAAGGCGUGUUCGAGCCAUUCUACCCUACACGAAAGUACCAGACACUGAUGAAAUAAGUUUCUUAAAAGGAGAUAUGUUCAUUGUUCACAAUGAAUUAGAAGAUGGAUGGAUGUGGGUUACAAAUCUAAGAACAGAUGAGCAAGGCCUUAUUGUUGAAGACCUAGUAGAAGAGGUGGGCCGGGAAGAAGAUCCACACGAAGGCAAAAUAUGGUUCCAUGGGAAGAUUUCCAAACAAGAAGCUUAUAAUUUAUUAAUGACAGUUGGCCAAGUCUGCAGCUUUCUUGUGAGGCCUUCAGAUAAUACUCCUGGUGAUUAUUCCUUGUAUUUUCGGACCAAUGAAAAUAUUCAGCGGUUUAAAAUUUGCCCAACACCUAACAACCAGUUUAUGAUGGGAGGUCGAUAUUACAACAGUAUUGGGGACAUCAUAGAUCACUAUCGGAAAGAACAGAUUGUUGAAGGCUAUUAUCUUAAGGAACCUGUACCAAUGCAGGAUCAAGAACAAGUACUCAAUGAUACUGUGGAUGGCAAGGAAAUCUAUAAUACAAUUCGUCGUAAAACAAAGGAUGCCUUUUAUAAAAACAUAGUUAAGAAAGGUUACCUUCUGAAGAAGGGCAAAGGAAAACGCUGGAAAAAUUUAUAUUUUAUCUUAGAGGGCAGUGAUGCCCAACUUAUUUAUUUUGAAAGUGAAAAACGAGCUACAAAACCAAAAGGGUUAAUAGAUCUCAGUGUAUGUUCCGUCUAUGUUGUCCAUGAUAGUCUCUUUGGCAGGCCAAACUGUUUUCAGAUAGUAGUUCAGCACUUUAGUGAAGAACAUUACAUCUUUUACUUUGCAGGAGAAACUCCAGAACAAGCAGAGGAUUGGAUGAAAGGUCUGCAAGCAUUUUGCAGUUUACGAAAAAGUAGCCCAGGGACAUCUAGUAAACGCCUUCGUCAGGUCAGCAGCCUUGUUUUACAUAUUGAAGAAGCCCACAAACUCCCAGUAAAACACUUUACUAAUCCAUAUUGUAACAUCUACCUGAAUAGCGUCCAAGUAGCGAAAACUCAUGCAAGGGAGGGGCAAAACCCAGUAUGGUCAGAGGAGUUUGUCUUUGAUGAUCUUCCUCCUGACAUCAAUAGAUUUGAAAUCACACUUAGUAAUAAAACAAAGAAAAGCAAAGAUCCAGAUAUCUUAUUUAUGCGUUGCCAGUUGAGCAGGUUACAGAAAGGACAUGCCACAGAUGAAUGGUUUCUGCUCAGCUCCCAUAUACCAUUAAAAGGUAUUGAACCAGGAUCCCUGCGUGUUCGAGCACGAUACUCUAUGGAAAAAAUCAUGCCAGAAGAAGAAUACAGUGAAUUUAAAGAGCUCAUACUACAAAAGGAACUUCAUGUAGUCUAUGCUUUAUCACAUGUAUGUGGACAAGACCGAACACUACUGGCCAGCAUCCUACUGAAGAUUUUUCUUCAUGAAAAGCUGGAAUCAUUGUUGUUAUGCACACUAAAUGACAGAGAGAUAAGUAUGGAAGAUGAAGCCACUACCCUCUUUCGAGCUACAACACUUGCUAGUACCUUGAUGGAGCAGUAUAUGAAAGCCACUGCCACACAAUUUGUUCAUCAUGCUUUGAAAGACUCAAUUUUAAAGAUAAUGGAAAGCAAGCAGUCAUGUGAGUUAAGUCCAUCAAAGUUAGAGAAGAAUGAAGAUGUGAACACUAAUUUAGCACACCUAUUGAACAUACUUUCAGAGCUUGUGGAGAAAAUAUUCAUGGCUUCAGAAAUACUCCCACCGACACUGAGAUAUAUUUAUGGGUGUUUACAGAAAUCUGUUCAGCGUAAAUGGCCUGCAAAUAACACCAUGAGAACAAGAGUUGUUAGUGGUUUUGUUUUUCUUCGGCUUAUCUGUCCUGCUAUCCUGAGUCCACGGAUGUUUAAUAUAAUUUCAGAUUCCCCAUCUCCUAUUGCUGCAAGAACACUGACGUUAGUGGCUAAGUCUGUGCAAAAUUUAGCAAAUCUUGUGGAAUUUGGAGCCAAGGAACCUUAUAUGGAAGGUGUCAAUCCAUUCAUCAAAAGCAAUAAACAUCGCAUGAUCAUGUUUUUAGAUGAACUUGGGAAUGUACCUGAACUUCCGGACACUACAGAACAUUCUAGAACUGACUUGUCUCGUGACUUAGCAGCCCUGCAUGAGAUCUGUGUAGCUCAUUCAGAUGAACUGAGAACACUCAGUAAUGAGCGCGGCGCACAGCAGGUAGGUCUUUUCAAAAUGUAUAAAUGGUACAUGAGUUAUUGUCAGGAGGGAGGCAUGUUACUCUUUCAGUCACUCACAUCAAGUACAUGAGCGAAGUUACUUGUGAAACAAAGAAGUAUAUGGGAAAUUUGAAAAAUGUCUACAGAUGAUACCUCAUAGUGAUUCAAGUCAGUGUGUAUCAUAGCUCCACACCUUAAAAAAACACUAGUCCAUAUUAGAUUUCUGAUGUCCAUACCAACAGAUAUGGGGGUCUAUUCAAAAGGACUAGAACUAGAAAGGUUUUUAAUUGACCUAGUGUUGAAGUUAAAUGGGGAGAAAGGCAUAGGGGAAGUAUAAAUCAAGACACACACAUUCUAAAUCUGAUUAAUUUCUUCAUGGUUCAGAGGCAGUAAAUGCUAACACUGCACUGCUUUCCUGUCUGGCAGAGAUUUCACAAAAGAAAUUAAAACAGCCAUAUGGAUUCUCAUUAGCCUGAAAAUCCUCACUUUUUUUUUCUUAAGUUUAAAAAACAGCUUAAAUAAUAGCUCUCCAAUUGAAAACCAUUACAGUAGUUUAUUACCAAGGUUUAUAAUGAUAAAUUUAGUGUGGUAAGAUCUUAAAUACUCAGUUGAAAUAAUGAGAACUCAGUUUCAUGUAAUGAGUAGAAAUACUAGUACCUUCAGAAUCCCAUUGCUUUACUGUAGUUUUUAUUAAAUCCAAAUUUCUAUCUUGAAAUUUUAGAUUCUUUGCUUAGUGAUUUCUCCCUCCACUGUUUCUCCUUGUGUCUAGCAUGUACUGAAAAAGCUUUUGGCUAUAACUGAACUGCUUCAACAAAAACAAAACCAGUAUACAAAAACAAAUGAUGUCAGGUAGCAGCCUGGUGUUCUGCAUGGAUUCAGCACGUCCAUCAUGGUAAUUCACAUCACUAUGUCUCCUUUGCUCUUGCCAAAAAAAAAAAGAAAAAGAAAAGAAAAAAGAAAAAGAAGAGAGAGAGAAAGUAGCACAACUUUCCACAUUCCAGUGAUGUGUGAGCUAUGCAAACAAAAAACCAAGAUUCUGCUGGCAAGUAACUGCCAGCACCUUUGUAAGCUAUCUGUGCAGAAUAUUUGCACUUUUUCCACAUGGAAUCUUUACCAAACUCUGAGCCUUGGUGUACAGAUCAACUUUCACAAAAGAAAAAAAAAAAGCUAUGUCUUGAAACUUUGAAAGUAUAUUUUCAGUAUAUCCAAUUGCCAAAGUUUUACUGUCUCUUGGAAAACGAACUAUGAAAUCAACUGACAAGAAAAACGCAUCCUAUUGACAACAGAAUUUAACUGGAUUGCAGACUGUUCUUACUGUAAUUUUGUCCUUCUUACGAUUAUGACCAUUUGACUGUUCACUGAAUUUAUUUGUAUUUACAGUUUCCAGAGUUUGACAUUGUAAUAGGAACAAUCUUGCUGUAUACUUUCUAAAAAUACUGUGCUAUUCCUGGAACUGUAAAAGACAAUAUAUAGAAUGAAUGAAUCUAUGCUCAUCAGCUUUAUUUUUUAAACAUACCACUUAUUUUGUUGGAAUUGUCAAAGACUGUAUUUAGAUCUCAUGGUUUUGUUAAAAUGUUUACAAAAGUAAAUAGUUUAAAUUCAAUAAAUAUUAUUGGUCAUUGUACCAAUCAAUGCAUGUUACCCAUUUGACCAUUUUAUAGGUUACUGAUGUCUUUUAUGUUUAAACAAACUGCUAGAAUACUUGUGUCUGUCCUAAGAUGACUUUUUGUUACUGCUUUAAUUAUGCAGACAACCUCCUCAGCUACUUAACAACUUACACAUCUUUGAACUUGUACUUGUUUUUUCUGUUGGAUAAUUUAGUUUGUAUAGUUUCAUCUGAUCCUGUGUUUGUAUUUUUGUGAAGUAUUCCCAAGGGUUAAGUUAAAAUAAACAGGGAUAGCUUGCAUAAUUAA